AUGGCCGUUCUACAAACCUCCAUCGCGAUCUUUGUCGCCCAUAUCAUCCUUUUGCUCGGUUUACCAGCCUCUUUGGUCGCAGCUGUGCCACUCUCCGUGCCUGUAUCUCCUGUGAACAACGUCUUGGCCACUACCGAAAAGAGAUCCACCUCAAGCUACUGGGUCGCCAAUGUUGAGCGUCAGGGUGUUGUCCCCUUUGCCACGAGCACCGACUACAAGAUCUUCCGAAAUGUAAUGGACUAUGGUGCUAAGGGUGACGGUUCUACUGACGACACUGUCGCUAUCAACAAGGCUAUUUCUUCUGGGGGCCGUUGUGGCAAGGGCUGUGAUUCUUCUACCACCACUCCUGCUAUCGUCUACUUCCCCCCUGGUACCUAUGUUGUCUCGAAGCCCAUCGUGCAGUACUACUACACCCAGAUCGUUGGUGACGCUGUCGAACUGCCCGUCAUCAAGGCCUCCGCCAAAUUCGCGGGUAUGGCUGUGAUAGAUGCCGAUCCCUACGAGGACAAUGGCGACAACUGGUUCACCAACCAGAACAACUUCUUCCGCGCCAUUCGCAACUUGGUCAUUGACCUGACCAGCGUCCCAGAAGGCUCCGGUGCCGGUAUCCACUGGCAGGUCGGCCAGGCUACGAGCUUGCAGAACAUUCGGUUCGAGAUGGUCAAGGGUGGUGGUGACGCCAACAAGCAACAGGGUAUCUUCAUGGACAACGGAUCCGGUGGUUUCAUGUCCGACUUGACUUUCAACGGUGGUAACUACGGCAUGUUCCUCGGUAACCAGCAGUUCACUACUCGUAACCUGACCUUCAACGGCUGCCAGACUGCCAUCUUCAUGAACUGGAACUGGGCCUGGACUUUCAAGUCAGUCCAGAUCAACAACUGCGAGGUUGGCCUCAAUAUGUCUACCUCGCCUUCCAACCAGACUGUUGGCUCCGUGUUGCUGCUGGACAGCAAGCUCACCAACACCCCCACUGGUAUCGUCACUGCCUGGACUCAGAAGAGCAUCCCCGUUGGUGGUGGUGAUCUGAUUUUGGAUAACGUGGAUUUCUCUGGCUCCAAGAUUGCUGUUGCCGGUAUCAAUGGCAAUACCAUCCUGGCUGGUGGCUCUGUUGUCGACAACUGGGUUCAGGGUAACACCUACACCCCGUCUAAGACUGUCACCAAGCGCGCCAGCGAGUCUGAGCCUGAGGUGGUCACCGUUAUUCAGACCGUUACGGAGACUAUCAUGGCCUGUCCCGCUUCCUACGGUCUUUCCAGCACCAGCUUGGUGAGCAGCGACGUUCCUGCCCCGGCGAAGACUGCGUCACUUGAAUCUGCUCCCGCUCCUUCGCCUGUUCCCGGUGUUAGUACCAGCAGCGAUUCUGAUCGCAUUGCUCAGACUUCCUCGAUCUCUGUCUCCAACAGUGUCCUUUCCAUUCUCGGAUCCUCUUCUGAGGCCUCUGAAGUCUCUGAGCCCACUUCCGCAGCUGCUCCUUCUAGUGAGGCCCCUGCCACUUCUGUGGUGUCUGUUGGUUCUUCGCCCUCUAGUGUGGUUUCUACCAAGCAAUCUGCUCUGCCUGUCGUCUCCACUGCUGUUCCUGUCACCUCCAAUGUUGUGCCUGUCACCUCUAUUGCUGCGUCCGUCACCUCCACUGCUGCGUCUGCUAAAAUUACUAGCAGCAGCUCUGCAGUUAGUCAGGCCACCCAGUCUGGUAGUGACAGCAGCACUGCCACUUGCGGCGCCUCGGGCGCCGUUGCCUCCGCACGUACCCAGAGCACUCUGAAGACUUCUUCUAAGCCCGCUAGCCUUCUCAAUGGAGGUGCUAUCUUCGAGCGGUCCAAGCCUCUGUACGAAGACGUCGCCGCAUCCUCUUUCGUCAGCGUCAAGUCGGCUGGUGCCAAGGGUGAUGGAACCACUGACGACACUGCGGCCAUCCAGAAGGUGUUUGACAGCUACAAAGAUGGCCAGGUCAUCUACUUUGAUCACGGUGCCUAUGUCAUCACCUCCACCGUCAAGAUCCCCAAGGAUAUCAAGAUUACUGGUGAGAUCUGGCCCAUGCUCAUGGCAUACGGCGAGAAGUUUGCCGACCAAGAGAACCCUGUUCCUGUCUUCCAGGUCGGCCAAAAGGGUGACACUGGCUCUGUCGAGAUGAGCGACCUCAUCAUCACCACCAAGGGCGCCGCCCCUGGUGCUAUCCUCAUGGAGUGGAACGUUGCUGGCUCUUCCCAAGGCUCCGUUGGUAUGUGGGAUGUUCACUUCCGCAUUGGUGGUGCCGCUGGUACUGAGCUGCAGAGUGACACUUGCCCCAAGACCCCUAAGCAGAAGACCACCCCUAAUAAGGAGUGCAUGGCCGCCUUCAUGCUCCUGCACAUCACCAAGACGGGCAGUGCCUAUCUCGAGAACACCUGGUUCUGGACUGCCGAUCACGAGCUCGACCUCAAGGAUCACAACCAGAUCAAUGUCUACACCGGUCGUGGUGUGCUCAUCGAGUCGCAAAACCCCGUUUGGCUGUGGGGUACCUCUUCAGAGCACCACCAGCUGUACAACUACCAGGUCUCGAGUGCCAAGAACGUCUUCAUGGGUCUCAUUCAAUCUGAGACUCCGUACUACCAGUCCAACCCGACUGCGCUGACCCCCUUCACCCCGCAAGACUCCUGGAACGACCCCGACUUCUCGAACUGCACGACAAACUCCUGCCGCAAGUCCUGGGGUCUGCGUGUUCUCGGCUCCUCGGACGUCUUCAUCUACGGCGCCGGUCUCUACAGUUUCUUCGAGAACUACGCCCAAUCCUGUCUCAACUCUGAGGACUGCCAGGAGAACAUGGUCGAGGUCGACUGUUCGGACGUCAAGCUGUACGGUCUCAGCACCAAAGCCUCUGUCAACAUGAUUACCUCAUCUGACGGCAAGGCUCUGGUCCUUGAGAAGCCUAAUAAGAGCAACUACUGCUCCACCAUCGCUCUCUUUGAGCAAUCUGCUUAG